ACAUAAAAGUUGAAAGUAUGCGUUAAUUGUAAUGCCAGAAAGCAGAAAGCCGAUAAGAUGAUAAUAAUAUAGAGUUUGUGAUAGUUUAGUUUUAAAUUUUAUAUAUUUUUGUUAUGCUAGGUAUUAAGAGAAAACGUAGAUGAGUACUGUUAUCAAACUUUUAAAACCCAAAUCGUUUUUAAUUAUAUAGAAUAAAGAUUUAGCUAGAACAAUAUGGGCGACAACAUUAAAGUUGUUGUGAAAGUUCGUCCUUUAAUUUCUCGCGAAAUAGAAGACAAUCUCUCAUACCAAUGGAAAGUUGAAAAUAAUACACUAUAUCAAAUUGAUCAACAGUACAGAAAUGGCGCCGUUUUCACUUUUGACAAAGUAUAUGAUAAGGACACAGAAACUAGUGCUGUAUAUGAUGACAUUGCUAAACCAAUAGUGGAAGCAGCAGCUGCAGGUUUCAAUGGCACUAUAUUUGCAUAUGGACAAACAUCGUCUGGAAAAACAUACACAAUGACUGGAACAGAAGAUUCACCUGGUAUAAUUCAAUUAGCAGUAUGGAAUCUGUUUGAUAUCAUUAAAAGAAUACCAGACAGAGACUUUCUUGUGAGAGUAUCCUAUGUGGAAAUAUAUAAUGAAACCAUAAUUGACUUGUUAGACAUAACCAAGAAAAAUAUAAAAAUCCAUGAGACAUAUCAAGGUGUUAAGGUUGAUGCGACGGAGAAGGUUACCACCAGUCCAGAAGAAGUGCUUGAUAUUAUGACGGAGGGUACAACAAACAGACAAACAGGCACAACGAACAUGAAUAUUGAAAGCAGCAGAUCCCAUUCAAUAUUUCAAAUUACAAUUGUGUCUCGUGAAAAAGGGGAGGAGGAAGUUGGUUCAGUGAAUGUUUCACAACUGAACCUCGUUGACCUGGCGGGAUCUGAGCGCGCCGGUCAGACUGGUGCCACAGGCUUGAGGUUCAAAGAGGGCACACAUAUCAACAAAUCCCUGUCAGCAUUGGCUUUGGUUAUUAAGCAGCUAUCAGAGGACCCACACAAACACGCCAACUACCGGGACAGUAAGUUGACGCGUAUACUACAGAACUCUCUAGGAGGCAACACCAAGACAAGUAUCAUCUGUGCAGUGACGCCGGCCGCAGUCGAGGAGACAAUAUCUACACUACAGUUCGCAAAUAGAGCAAAGGCUAUCCAGAAUAAACCAGAAGUAAACGCUGUCGUUACAAAUAAAGCGAUGAUUAAAUCACUUACAAAUCAACUUUCCAAUUUGAAGACACAGCUCGAGAGUAAAAAGAAUGUUGAACAAGACAACCUGAAUCUGCAAAGGCAAAUAAGUACAUUACAAAAGUUCAUAUUGACUGGAUUCCAAAUGGGAAAUAAUGACAUAAUAGGAGGCGCUCAGAAGAAACUGGCACAAUCAAGACGAAAGACAAUAUCUACACUGCAUCCGAUACAAGAGGACACAUCACCGUGUAUACCUAAGUUUUGUACGCCAAUACUAAAAUAUAAUCCUAUGUUAUUGGGGAGUACGUCACAGUUGGUACCGAUUCAAGAAGCAAGUUCUCUUAAGAGCCUUCCAGAAGAAACACCAGGUCACAUCACCCCUCCACUAAAGAAAAAUACAGUCAAAUUUUCCGAUGAAGUCGUUGAAAUAGAUAGCGAUGAAGAUAGUCUGACAUGUUCGCCGUACCACGUUAAAUGCUAUGACUCAUCUAAAACACCGCCGUGCAUAUUAAGGAAACAGACGAGACAGGCCAAAAAAGAACUCAAUGAUAUACUGGAAUUGACGGAAAGAGAGAAGAUGUUUCCUCCCAACGAGGUUGAACUUCUAAACAGAUUAGAGGAGAAAUCGAUAGCAUUGGCUCAAUUAGAAGAUAAAAUUAACGAGCUAAAUAAGUUGUGCUUAGGAAAAGAUAGCGAGAUAGCAACACUCAAGAAAAAACUUGAGGUUGUGGAAAAUGACCUCAGAGCUUCGGAUAAUGUAAAGAUGGAGCUAGAACGACUGUGCAACGAAAAUAAUGUGAAAUUAACGGAUCUCGAAGUUAGUCUAGAGACUCAUAAAAAUAAAUACAAAAUUAGAGAAAAAGAACUUUUAUCAUUACUGGAAGAACAAACCUCUAAAAUAAAAAAAACUAAUUCUGGAAUACCAAAUACAUUAGACAUUUGUCUUAAAGCGAGUGCUUCAGAUAUUUUAGUGAACGAAAGUUUAAGUACUUGUUCAGAAAAUGACAUGGCAUCAAAACAUAUUCAAGAAAUGGUUUCAGAAUUACAGAAAGAAAUAACCCUAAAAGAUGAAACCAUCAAUGAAUUACGAGCAUAUAUUGAUGCUAAAAAUCGCAAACUUGAAAUUAUCGAAAAUGUAAAUACAGAAUUCAAGGAAAUUUUAACAAGUUGUAAAGAAAACUUACUUAUAGCACAAAAUGAAAAUACUAUUUAUAUGACUAAAAUAAAAGAACUAAAUCUUAUUAUAGAAAGUCAAAAAACUGAAAUUGAUUCCAUCAGUAAAGAUGCAGAAUCAUACAACAAUGAAAUAAAGGAAUUACAGUGUAAAUUAUUUGAAGUACCGCACAAGUCAUAUAUAGAUGAUGUGGACAUUGAACGAAUGAUUUCUAAUGAAGAAAUUUUUAUAUCUAAUAACGUUAACAUGAAAACUAUAAUUCAUUCUCUUAAAAGUGCGCUAGAUUCAAAAAUUGAGGAGUUAAAGAUUUUGAAAUCGAAUCUCAAUACUCAAACAAGUGAUAUUUCUUGCGAAACCAACGAUCUAAUCUUAGAAAAAGAACUUCAAUGCUUAAGGGAGCAGGUAAAAGAUCAAAUCACUAUUAUUAAUAAACUCAAGCAAGAAAACGCGAACUUUAGAUCUAUUGAGGAAGAAUUUAUUUGUAAAUUGAGACAUUUAGAAAAUAAAAUCAGUAAUUUAGAUAAAAUUAAUAACGAAGCUAUGGCUGAAAAUCACAAUUUAAAAGAAGAUAUCUCAAAAUUAAAUUCUGAAGUUUCUUCGAAAGAAAUAGAGUUUAAAUUAAACGAAUGCCACUUGAAGACCAAAAUCGAAGAAUUAUCUAAUAAAGUAGUUCAAUUAGAAGAAGAUAUUAUAUUUAAAGACGAAAAAAUCUCUAAUAUUUAUAAAGAAGACAGUAAAACUGAAGAAAAUAUUAAAACAGCAAAAAUAGGCUUGCAUAAGCUUCAAAAUAUAAUAUCUUUAUUGACAGAUAAUAUUCAAGAAAUACCUAAUGUGGUGGAUGAUUUUGUCGUCACCUUAAAUAUGUUUGUCGAAAAACUCACUAUCUUAGAAAAUGCAAUAAAAACGAGUGUUGAUGAAAAAGUUAAUUUGCAAAAUUUGAUUGAAAAUUAUGAAAAAGAUUUUAUAACAAUAAGAGAAGAGGUACAAAAAACUGACGACUUAAUUAAUAACUUUUUGGACGAAUAUGUUGAGUAUUUAAUUAAAUCAGAUAUAUUUUCCUCUGAACAGCGGCCUCGGUUGGAGCCAAGAGAUGUUUAUUUUAGAUUUUAUUUAGAUAAAAUUCGAUGCUUUAUUGCAGUUGUCAGAAAUGCGAUAAGCAACUUACUUGGAAAUAUUGAAGACAGAGAUAAAAAAAUUAUAGAGCUCAACCAAGUAAUUGAUGAUAGGUCAAUAGAAAAUAGUAAUAACGCUGUAGAGAUAAUAAAACAAAAAGAAGCUAUCCAAAAAAUAUCUGUACAAAGAGAACAGGAGUUGCAUAGAAUAUUAGAAAAGUUAUUUAAAUUAUUAGAUCGUGAAAUCGAAUAUAACAUCGCUGAAAAUAUCUGCGACAAAAUUGAUUUACUAACUGAUGACAUAGCACAAAAUAUUGAAAGUAUUCAUUGUAAGUUUAAUACUGACCUCAAUGGCUUAAGUGAACAGAACACUCAACUAAGAAAGAAUAUAUCGCAUUUGCAAAUAGAAAAUAAUAAUUUAAAAAAUCAUAAGGAAAGAUUGAUGGUUGACUUAAAGGAAAGUAAUGACAUUUUAAAAAUGCUAGAAGAAGAUGUAAAAUCCAAGACAAAUGAUAUCCAAGUUAUGGAAAGAAAAAUGCUGAAAUUGAAGGAUAAGUUUUGUACUUCUGAAUCGGAUCGUCAUAUUGACAAUUUGAAAUUAGAUAAUGUAAGUCUUGUAUCACAGCUCCUUGGGAACACAGAAAAAUCUAAACCGACUUCUUAUUUAAAUGAACCUCUUAGUCUUCAUACAAUUUGCUGCAAAAAUAUAAUCGAAUCACUAUACUCUUGUCAUAACGAUUACGAUUCUAUUACGUCAACUAGCUCGAAUGCACGUUUUAUUGAUUCUGAGGUACAAACUUGCAAUGAUAAUAUUCACAUAUCACAUUUGCAAAAUUUGCAGGACGAAAAUAAAAAUCUCAAAAAAAUUAUUAAUAAAUUGUCAAUCGAGAAUCACAGCUUUGUAGUAGAAAGGGAUGAGAAUUUGAGUGAAAUACAAAUACUUUUAGAAUCUUGUGAGGAACUAAAAAAAAAGGUGAUCAAUCAUCGCACAAUUUUGUCUACCCUAACAGCAACAACGUAUGCUGAAAACAAAUUAUUGAGCUCUCAAUUAAAAUGUGUACAACAUUUCCACAAUCGUUUUUAUAAUGCUUGUCAAAAAGAUAUUCCUGGAGUCAAAAAACAACUUCAAGUCCUUAUGGAAAUAUUAAAAAGAGAGUAUAGUGUAAUUAUGACAAAAGAAAAUUUAGAAAAAAAUGAUAUACUAUCAAAUGCACUAGAAAUUAGUGAAUCAACAUUCGAUGGAGAUCUUUUAAUGUUGGAUACCAAUGUUACACUAGCUUCUCUUGAUAAUACAGUAACAAAUCAAGAUCAAACUUCCGACACCUUGCAUAUGUGUACUUACAGUGAAAAAGCCAGCCAGACAUCGAAUUUUAACGCUAAUUAUGCUGAACUAUCAAAUGGUGAUUUAAAUUAUAAAAUAAUUGAUACUUUACAUACAUUAAGGACUGAAAAUAAUAAAUUGCGGUUGAUGGUAGAAGAGUAUAAACAGAAGAAAGAGUGUAUGGGACAUUCUCUCUGCGAAAAUUGUUACCGUUUGGAAGAUUUAUUAAGUAAAAAUUCAAAAGAAAAAGAACAACUUUUACUGGAUAUUACUAGUCUCAUGGAACAAAAAUCUGAAAUCGAAACAAAAUACAACACUUUAUUGCUUGAAAUGCCCUCUACUGAUGCUUUAGUGAAGAAAAUGAACCAAUUAGAGAAGGAAUAUAAUAAAAAGCAAUUUGAAACAGAAAAACUUACAACAUCAAUAAAUGAGAAAAUGGAACAGUUUAAAGUGCUACAGGAAGAAAAUGAAUCACUUUCCAAUCAGCUGAUAGAGAAUGUCGAGGAGGUAGAUGAAUUGAGAAUAGAGAUUAGUAAUUUACAGACAAAAAAUAAAGAACUGCAACAGUUGGCAAAGGAAAAUAGUUCCAAUAGUAUUUGCCCACAAUGUAUAUCUAAGGAUGACAUGAUAAACUCUUUACAUCUAAAACUAGUUUCAUCAAGUGAACCUCACAAUAGGCUUAGUAGGAGCUAUAGUGAUUCUGAAAAAUCGCUUAGGCAUACCAAAAUAUGUACCUUGCAAAAUGAAUUACAUGCAGGAAAAGAAGAUUGUGAUGAAUUAACGAAAGAAGUGAUCAAUAUUCGCAACCACUUAGAACAAAAUAGUUUACCACUUAAUGAGUCUAUGGACUUAGAUCAUAGUAUGGGUGAUAUUUCACUUAUCCAGUCUAUUAAAAGAGAUCCCGAUAUUGAGACCGAACAGAACAAACUGAUAAUUAAUGAUCAAACAUCUGACAUGUAUGCUUUAGAUAAAAUGGAUUGCUUAAAUUUCUAUCAUGAGAAAACACAAAAAGAAUGCAGUGAGGUAAGAAUUUUAGAGAUUAUGAAAUUGCUCUAUACUGACCUAAUGGCCAAACAAAGCGAUGCAGUUGAAAACCUUUUAAAUAACCUUCGUGACAUUGAGGAAUCCAAACUAAUGUUAGAAAAAAAACUAAAUAGUCAAAUUGAUAGUCAUUUAAAGCUCAGUAAUGAAAUGAAGGAGAAGGAUAUGUACUUUCAAACUUUGGCCCAAUUUACAGCUACGGUUAAUAAUAAUAUCAAAACAGCCAAUAGUAUUAUAAAAGAUGUUGAAAUAGAUGUCGCUACCAAAGAAGUCCGAGACAAAGUUUUUAAUAUAAUGGAUAAAGAAAUUGGAAUAAAUUCUGUGGAAAUAUUUGAGAACUUGAUAUGCCUUUUGAAAAAUAAUCAUUUAACUAAAAUAAAUGACAUAUUAGAAGAAAAAUAUAACCUCGAAAAUCAAUUAAAAUUAAUGUCAGAUGAAAUUAAAUUAUCUAAUGACCAAUGUAUGUCCUUGAAAACGCAACUCAUGGAAAGAGAAAGUAAUUAUAAUCUUCUUUUGGCGCAAAAAGGUAAAAUUGAAGAAAUAAGUAAUGCUGUGACAUUAAAUCUUACCAAAAACGAAGAAGAACUUAAAUCUACUUUGUCUUAUAUAAAUCUUAAGCUAGUUGAACGACAUAUGAUUAACCCAGAAGAUUUUAAUAUGGAAUUGAACUCUUGUAAAAAUAUAACAAAAAUAUUUAAUCACAUAUUGGAAGAAAACGACAAGAAACAAAAUUUAGAUAUAGAAAAAAAUGAUGCCGUGGUAGAAUUAAAUAAUACUAAAGCCUUAUUACAUGAAAAGGAAAGGGAACUUAAACGGAUUAAUGAGGAACACGAAAAACUUAAAGAUACAUUUAUUAAAGAGAAGGAAGAAAUCCAAAAGCAUAGUCAGGCGCACCAAUCACUUCUGAAUGUCUACGAGAAAAAAGUUGAAGAAAACACCACUAAUAUAUCAAUUAUUGCCAAAAUUACUGAAGAAGUACAUAUUUUAAAAGAGAUAAUUAUAAAUAAAGAGAGAUGUAUUGAAGAAAUUACAAAGCAAAUGCACAAUAAAAAAGAUGAAAGUGAUGCUGAAAUCGUUCUUAUGAUGAAAACUAUACAGAAUUAUACAGACGAAAUGGAGAAGUUGAAACAAGCAAAUGAGAUUAUCCUAAAAGAGAAAGAAAUAAUGUCGAAUGAUUUGCAAAGAGCCAAUGAAAUAAUUCAACAAAAUAAAAGAGAGUUGGAAAAAAUGACAUGUGACAUGCAAAUAAUGAAAGAGUCUAUGAAAGAAAAUAGUGAAGUUGUCGAGAAAUUGAAGCAAGAGACUGGGUUCCUUUGUGAUCAAAACGACAAACUUAAAACGGAGCUUCAAGAGAAAUGUAAUGAGUGCAUGCAGUUAGAAAGGAAUAUUAAAACACAUCAGAAGACUGUUGAAAUACAAUCCAAUAUGAUAAUAAGGCAUCAUAAGCAGAAGGAAACUGAUGACAAAUGUAUCAAUGAACUAAAUAAUAAACUAGACCAGCUCCAACAGAGAUGUACUAGUUUGUUACAAGAAUGUGAUCACUUGAAGACUGAAAAUAAGAAUCAAAAAGAAGAAAUUGGCCGGUUGCUUGGUGUCAACCAACAAUUAGAAACUAGGAUAUCAGAAUUAGAGUCUGAAGUUGCAAGCAAAGCAGCACUAGAAUGCAAUGGAGAUGUUUCUAGAAGAAGACGGCAGAGCUUGUACGACUCUAUGAAGUGUUUGGAGGAUAAUGAAGAUCAUAAGAUGGAUAUGGAUACCAGCGGUCGUAACAAAUGUGAGGAUGUAUUCAUGGACGCAGACGACAGUUCGAGUAGAAGUACGUCGGUGCAAUUAUGUCGAGGUCGCGACAGCUUAGCUUCGAAGCAUGAUCAGAGCGAAGAAGAUGGCCAAUCCAGAAGCGGCAGUGUGUUGGCCAUACGACGCAGAAGACAAAGUACUCACGACCUUCAUAGAAGUGUCAGCGCUCUUGAUACAUCUCGUAAACGCAGUGAGGACCGAAAUGCUUCAUCGAACAGUGACAUAGACAGUGAGGUGUCGAAGCUACGUCAGCGGCUCGGUGAGGUGCAAGGCGAGCUGUCGGAGCUGCAGGAGAGGUACCGGGAGCUGGACGAGGAGUGCGAGACAUGCGCCGAGUACCUGCGGGACCGGGAGGCGCAGUGCGUGGCGCUCAAGAAAGACAAACUGGUCCUGGAGCAAACAAUUGCCGACUUGCGACUGAAGAUGCAAAACCCUGCCUGUAUGAGAGCAAAUGUGAAUGUGGCGAACGCUUCCGUCAACACCGAUGAAGACUGGGCGAAUCUUCACUCGGUCGUCGUGGAUCGAAUGUCGUUCGACGCCGAAGUUGAGAAGAACAAGAAACUUACUAAGACUGUUGAAGAGCUACGAUACCAGAAACAGGAGUUGAAAAAUACAAUGGGCAAGAUGCAAAGGGCUAUAGAAAGAAAUGUGCAAAAAGACAACAGGGAUUUAGAAGCCAUGCGGAGUGAACUUGAAAGUUGCAAACUGGAAUUGUCGGAUGUAAGAAAGAGAUGUAAAGAGUUGGAUGAAGAGUGUGAAACGUGUGCAGAGUAUUUAAGAGAGAGGGAGGAACAAUGUCGGCGGCUGAAGGAGGCUAAGGCUGCUUUAGAGUGUAAACUAGCCGAGUACCAGGAGAGUAGCGAGGUGUUCAAGUCUGUGAGGAAGAGGCGACAGAGCACGCACGAUCGAGCGCGUCUACCGCACGACGACGUGAGCGCUGCGCAACCCGACACUGUCGACUUUGCCACUCAGACUACUGACGAUCUACUGAGUUACCAGGUCGAAAGAGACGAGAGCACUAGGAAGUUUGAUGAAGUACAGGCGGCCGAACUGAAACGACUUCGAGUGACGGUGGAGCACGUGUCGCACCAGAAAGCGGCGCUCGAGCACCAGCUGCGGGUGUUGGCCGCCGCCCCGCCCCUCGCCGCCCCGCCCACCGCGCCGCUCUAUGUGAGCACCGGCAGUGCCAUCGUGCAGAACAAACAGAUUGGUGACGUGAUGAAAGAAAAUCAAAAGCUGAAGAGAAUGAACGCGAAACUUGUAUCAAUGUGCAAGAAACGCGGCAAGGACACGAUGGAACACGAGCGAGAGAACGUCGACCCCACGAAUCAAAUUAAUUGAUUUUAAUAUUUUAAUUGUUUGACAAAAUUGUAAUAAUUAUGAUUGUGAUUAAUUUUGUUUGUCUGUCAGAAGCUGGCUUUUGUUUUUUUUUUUAAUUUGUUUGAAAACAAGAUUACGCUGUGUUUGAUUCGAUUUUAUAUAAUGAAUAAUUAUUAUCUAAAUUAUUAUAUGGACAAUGACUGUUGCUGCUGCAUUCCGACACGCAUUUAUAGUGACGUUGAGUUUGUCACCGGUUUAGUAUUAUUAGUAGAUACAUAAAAUCGACAAAUAAUUAUAAAUAUAUUGAUUUUAUUUCCGCAAUCGCGCAAAUCAACUGCAAUAAUGAAAAAAUGAUUAUUAAUAUAAAUACAGUGAACACAUAUAAAGCAUGGAAGUAUUUCUUACGCUUUAAAUUAGCGCAACUAAACCGGUAGAGGGCAGGGCUUACAAAUGUAAUGACUUGGCUUCGGUUAUGUUCACUUUUUUUUCGAAACGAAAUGAAAGUAAUUUAUUUGUAUGAAUCGUGGUAACAUAGAUAACAAUAAUUGGUAGAUGUACAGCACAAUAUGCCAAUAUAUCGGCAUACAAAUAUUUCAAAUUCAAAUUCAAAAACACUUUAUUCAUGUAGGUCACGGAAAUGACAGUUAUGAAUGUCAAAAAAGUUUUUUUUUCUUAUUGAAUUUAUCGCUACUUCGUAAAGGGUUUGAGCUAAUGAGAAGAAUUUAAUCGUCAAUAUUGGAAUUUUUAUAUUUAUACUCUUUUUUCGACUCAUUCUUCUCUACCUAUAUAUAAAAUAAACAGUUUAGAUUCCUACAAGACAGGAGUCGUAAAGAUUAUGGAUAAAAGCUUUUCAAUUAGUUUGUAUUUGUUUUUAUUAAUAUUCUGGUGACAGUUUAAAUUAAUUGGCACCAGAACAGUUAAUACUCAUUAUUAAAAAAAAGAUUUUACUCAAAAGAUAUUAAAUGAAACCGUCGCUAGCUAAACUCUCCUGCAGCACCAGAGGAAUCACAGAAAUGUUGCUGGCCUUUUAGAAAAGUCUACGCCUUUUUUUUGAACGUAUACAAUAAUGUAGCUAAUAUGUAUAGGUCAAAAACCCAUUUUUAUCAUAACUGAUCCGCUCAUACAUGACGCAUCAUCGCCACAUAUCGUCACAAACAUUGACAAUGUCAAGCGCGCCAACCAGUUGCACUUGGUGACUGUAAUCAUGUCAUGCCGAGAACCAAUCACAUUAAUCACGUUGGGCGCAUGACAAAAGUAACUGACACAUUCUAAUAUCGACCUUGAUUCAACAUCAUUAAAACUCUUUAUGCAGUGGUUAAGUUAACUGUAUUGUGACUUAAUUGUGUGAAUUCUUGGCGCUAUUAAUCAACGGUAGAUAGAUUGAAAAGACUGCUUCCGUGUUUCUUAUGUGUUCACUGUAUAUAUAGCAGUUUUUAAUUGUUUUAAAUUAUAUUGGUGCAAGUAGUUUAAUAAACAAUGUGAUUUUUA